AUCUCCCAUUCCUUUGCAUUUAAAUUCUCCGAUCAGUCUCUUCUCUUCUAACUCUAGGAGCAAAACCCCAAAACCUAGCUGAAAAUGACCAAACAAGCUUCUUCCCUCAACUCUGCAGCCAUGACUCGAGAAGCCCGACGGCAGAGGGCCGUCAAAUGCGCGGCUAUUGUUGUGGCUGGCGUGAUAAUCCAAACCGCCAUAAUCCUGCUCUUCGUCUUCUUGGUGCUCCGGGUCCGGCAUAUUCGAGUUCGGGUUGCAUCCUCCCCUGCUGUGGAAGGUCUUGCAUUAAACUACUCCUCUGCGAACCCUUCCUUCAGCAUGGCGGUGAAAAUGCAGGUGAACAUCCGGAACCCCAACUUUGGGCACUACAAGUUCGGGAAGAGUAACCUCAUGGUGUCGUACCGUGGCAUCCCUGUGGGCCAGGCCAUGAUUGAGAAGGCCAAGGCUGGGGCGUUCUCGACCAAGAAGGUGAAGCUCACGGUGGCGGUGAACUCAACUGGGGUGGUGUCCCGGAACGCGAAGAUGAAGAUGAGGAAGGAUCUCUAUGCUGGAAAGGUGACGUUGAGAAGCCAAGCCGAGCUGACCGGAAAGGUGCACGUGUUCGAAAUUUUCAGGAGGAAGAAGUCUGCAGGGAUGAACUGUACCAUGGAUGUCAAUAUCAAGUCCAAGGCAAUUCAGAACUUGACGUGCCACUAAGAAUUUUUACAAGAUCAAUUUGGCUUUCCUUAAUUCAUUCUUAUUUGUGUUAGUUGUUGUUAUUAUUAUUAUUUAUUAUUGUUAUUAUUGUUAUUUUUUCCCCUUUUCUGGCUGUUGAAUUUUGCAAAGUGUGUGAAAUUUGAAAUUUGCAUAUGUUCUUUUUGUUGUUUUAUGUUGGUCGACCUUAGCUGCAAAGGAUCAUUUGGUAUAAACAAAUUGGAAAUUUUCUGGGAAACGAAAGCAUCUACUGCGCAUGAACUCCUACAAAUGUUUGUUGAUUUUUUUUCCCCCUUGUAAUCGACCUUCUUAUAUAUGUUAUAGAAAUUAUAAUG